CUCACGGUACACCAUGAGUUCACAGAAAAGAGCAUUACGGUUUACCCUCGAGUGCUGGAGUCUCGAGAAGACGGCUCGGAAAAAGUACUCAUCGUUCACGAAGGCUACAGCCUACACUUGAGGAAGGCAUCCAUACUCGCAAGGAGUCUUUUACUGCGGGAUGUGACAAGAGAUGGCGUCGUCGAACAAUACGUUAACGGCGCCCACUACGAAAGACAUCUCUACGAAGACACAAAAAAGAAGGCAUCCCUGCUGUUGACGCCUACAGAACACGGCGACUACUUCAUUACAGGCCUUGUAAAUUUCACUCAUCGCAUUGAGCCAGCAAAGCUUCGGGAAAGGUCCUCAACUAGAAGAGCAGCACACAAGAUAGUGCGAAUUCACAGCAUACAAGGAUCGUGUGAAAGUGACGAAGUAAUUGAAAGGGAAUCCCGAGAAGCAGCACUUCCGGAAGUCGAAAUGAGAGGAGCGAUUGCUCAGGAGUUCGGCGUCGAGUUGCACUUCAUCAGUGACUACAAUCACACCGAGCACUUCAGAGGGAAUAAGGACGCUCACAUCUACUACGUCACGCUGUUUCUGCAUUCGGUCAGCCUCCGCAUGGACCAGCUCACUCCUCCCGUUCCCAUCGGUAUCACAAAAAUUCAGACGACGUCAACGAAUCCUGAAAGCUAUGUUAAGCUGUGGGAGAACGGUGACCUGAUCGGCAACGAGACGCUUAAAAUACUUAACAAAGUAGUGCAAAAAGACAAGGCCUACCAAGAAGCAGACGCAGUGUACAUGGCGACCGGCCGAGAAAUGAUUACUCUGAUACCCGGAGGGAAGAGCUCAUACAUAUCUGGAACGGCAGGAAACGCCAAAGCGUGUUCCACUGAAAAGGCGGCAGUUGGCGAGGACAAGCCAGGCGUGUUUUCGGGUGUGAACACCGCCGCUCACGAAAUUGGACACCUAUUGGGCUCUCCUGACGACAGCCGAGGGACGUGGGGUAACUGCGAAACGAAAGAUGGGUACCUAAUGAGCAAAUAUGCGCACGGAAAACAGGCCUUCACGUUUUCGAAUUGCAGUAAGAAGGCCAUCGCUGAGUUCUUGAAAUCGGAAACAUCCAACUGCCUGCGCAAGAAACUCAGCUGUCCCAUUUUGUCCUUCCCCAACAAGGCAUUAAAACUGCCAGGACACGUGGCGAGCUUCGAUGCCUAUUGCAAAGCGCUCUACCCAGCAAAGAAGCAUGCUUUUUUUCUUGAGCUGUUCGCCUUCCUCAAGAAGUGCAGAAUUCCUUGCCUGGUAGUGGAGAAAAAUACGAAUAAGCUCAGGUUUCUGACGACGCUAGCACCGGAUGGUACGCGUUGCGACAAACGCUAUCGACACAGGGUUUGCAAGAAUACCAUCUGCGUAUGACGGCACGAUCACUUUUGCUUGCAUAACGAUCGAUACAUUCACUUCGGGCACUUGAUAGCAAUGCAGCCUUUAUGAAUCGGAACACUGCGAUAUAAGUGUAUACUUCGUGGAACCUCCGGAUUGUUCAAUAAAUGUUUGUUUCAGUGAGUAUACGGC